CAUGCCUGUGUCACGUGCGUUUGUAUACGAGCUUGUUCGUAGUGUAAAUAUGGAAGACGAAGUGGAGUAUUACGAAGGUUGCGGGCUUGACGGUCCGUUAAGAUGCAUAUUUUUGUGUGAAUUUCAUCCAACAGCGGGACCAAAAAUAACGUGCCAGGUUCCUGAUAACUACAUAUCAAAAGAAAUAUUCGAUGCUGUGAGUGUGUAUAUCAUUCCAAAAGCGCAGCUUCAGAGAAGUAUCCUGACAGUGACUGUUCUUGGAUCUAAAAUUCUUGGAUUUCCUAUUCGAAUAUACAACAAGAAAUAUGCUCGAAAUGCCUUCUACUUUAACCUCUGCUUUGUUUGUGAUGCGUGGGCUAGAAGUGUCCAGUAUGAACCAGUGGUCAAGAAACUGUCCGACCACUUGAUUACAAUGGAGGUGGAGAAACAUUUCCUCUCCAACCCACAGAAUGAGAAUGCCCCACUGUCAUCUAUGCUUGGGCAAGUGAUGGAAGAUCUCAACACGUACAGAAUGUGCACUCUCACAGAAGGAACUACAAAAAUACACCUGAAAGUGGUAAAAAUCUCUAAGGAACCAAGUCCUGUUCAUGAUCAUCAAGUGCCAAUAUUCAUAGAAGAUCAGCACAUGUUCCGUUCAGAACAGUGGGACCUCACCACUUAUCAGUAUUAUGGAGUUGUUUCCUUGCUUCCUAUCUUCCAAUAUUCCAAUGUAUAUGCAGCAACACCAAAACUGAGGAUGUUGGCAGAAAAUAAGGAGUUACAACAGAGGUGUAUCAAGUAUGUCUCCAAGUCAGUCCGACAGCCCCCAGCACUACGAGAUGUAUUCCGAAUGUACUCGAGCAUGACUUACGGAACCACAGUCAGGGACCUCUGUGUUCGACUCAACCCUCAUCCUUUGAGGAUCAAUGAAAGGAAGUUGGUUCAGUUUGGGUUGCUUAAUGGCUUGAUACGCAGAAUAUACAAGUACCCUGUGCACUUAUCUGAAGACAGUAAAGGGAUUGCUAAAGAUUCCUUACAUCACAGUUUUACAGGUUUGCAGUCUGUUGAUGAAAUUUGUUGUGCACAUGGAUUAAGCAAUCAGCAAUUUGAAGACCAAGUGGAGAGAGAUCCAGAUGUUGUUUUAAUCUGGAAGUGACCAAAGCAGAAGUCAGUGCUCUUUGAAGACAUAAUAUAUUUAACAUUGGAGAUAGUUUAACUGGUCUUGUGG